AUGCCAGGGCCAGAUAUAAAAGAGGAUAACAAUGUACUUGGCGAGAUGUCUACAGAACCCACGGCGACUGUACACAGUGGCGUUGAAGCUAAAACUGACAGAAAACUAACAGUGUUAGAAACUCAUGGAUAUGUACUUGGAAGAACUAUAGGUUCUGGUUCUUACGCUACAGUAAAGGUGGCAUCAAGCGACAGACACAACUGUCAAGUGGCAAUAAAAAUAAUAAGCAAGUUCCAAGCGCCGGGCGACUACUUGAAAAAGUUCCUACCAAGAGAAAUAGAAGUUGUGAAAGGUUUAAAGCAUGAAAAUUUAAUACGUUUUCUACAAGCAAUAGAAACCACUCACAGAGUAUACAUUGUAAUGGAAUAUGCCGAAAAUGGCAGCUUGUUGGAUAUCAUACGCAAGGAUCAGCAUAUAGACGAAGUACGAGGCCGCCGUUGGUUCCGGCAGUUGGUAGAAGCUGUAGACUAUUGCCAUGAUAGAGGAGUUGUUCAUCGGGACAUAAAAUGCGAAAACCUCCUUAUGGAUCAUUGCCUAAACAUCAAACUAUCAGACUUUGGAUUCGCUAGAGGACACAUGAAGCCAAAGAACGGCGUCUAUGCUUUAAGCGAAACCUUCUGUGGUAGUUACGCAUACGCCUCACCAGAAAUUCUCAAAGGAGUCCCAUACAGACCACAAGACUCCGAUAUCUGGAGUAUGGGUGUUGUGCUAUACGCUAUCGUGUACGGACGCCUGCCUUUCGAUGAUACAAAUUAUACGCAACUACUCAAGCAGGUACAAAACAAAGUUUCUUUCCCGCGCGAACCGAAAGUUUCAGUGGAGUGCCGCAAAUUGAUCACGAAAAUCCUAUCACCGCUGAAAUUACGCGUCAAGAUCCCACAGAUACUCGCCGAUCCCUGGCUAAACCCGAACCAAUCCGCCAAAGAUGACGACAGCGAAACCGCACAGGAACCUGCUCAUUCUAGUAAAGACGAGAUAAAAAGUGUAAAUAUCGGCACAGUUACUUACGACAGACAUUUAGAAGAAGUAAAAUAA